GUUCAUGUCCGUCUGCUCGCCCACAGCCUCAAGACGUGACGAGUGCGGCCAAAGCGCGUUAUGUCCUGGAUGGGAAUAAAGUCUGAACUCAUUGUCAUGUACGGCGCAUAAACGGCAACUGUGGGCGGUCCACAAAGUCAACAACAGCAUGGAGCAAAAAUACUCAAUACGACCAUUUGCCAGUCACAGGCGAGCCCGCAUCAAGCAUACGCACCGUGUACUUUCACUCACUGUAUAGUUGUCUAUCCAAAACAUUAAACAAAGCACUUGCCAAGAUGCUAGCAUAAAAUCCAUAUUACAGUCAACAGACAAACAAUGAAAAUUCACAGUGGGGGCAGUUGGUAAUUGAGCUGACACAGCGUGAAUUCGACCAAUGUGGGGCCAUAGCUACGAAAAUUUGACAAUAAAUUCAACUGGCUCGAUAUCAAUUUAAUAGACAAAAGCAGCAAAAGAAGUUACUGCUAAAUGCUUCGCUUCGAGCUGCCGCAGCCGCCGCCGCAGAAACAACAACAACUACACCGUAUCAGCCACAACAACAAUAACAACAACAACAACAGCAGCAGCAGCGACCACCGUGGCUCGAUGUCUGCAUGAACUUGAGCGCAGUCGAGUGACACAGUUUUGAGGGUUUCGUAUAAAUAGUAGAUCCAAUGGUGCUCCAAACGUCAGACACAACCGAACAGUCAAAGUUAAAGAACUUCAUUCAAGAUGCGUGCAUUCAUUGUUAUGUGCUUAGUGGCAGUCGCCUGCGCCGAUAAGCUGGGCUACAACUACCAGCCCGUUGGACACUCCAACCAAGGACUAUCGUUCGCCCCUGGCAGCGCAGGUGGUAGCAUUGGAAGCAUCAGCGGCGGUAGCUCGCUGGGUGGAAUUGGUGGCGGUUUGGAUUCCGGACUUAGCGGCGGCAGCAUUGGUGGCGGUUCCGGUCUCAGCGGUCUCGGCAGCCUCGGCAACGGCGGUCUGUCCGGCGGAAACCUUGAUGCUCCAGUCUCUUACAACGCCCCUGCCCCAGCUGCUGAAUUGGAGAAGGAGUUCUUCACCUUCACCGCCAACGAACAGGACUUCGAUGAGCCCCAAUCCCUGGACAAGGUUUCCAGCUCUCUGAACAAGGGUCUGCGUGUUAUCUUCAUCAAGGGACCCGAGAACCGUGGUCUGGAGAACGCUGCUCUCGCUUUGGCCAAGCAGGCUGCCCAGCAGGAGACCGCCAUCUAUGUCCUGAACAAGCAGGCCGAUAUCGGUGAUCUGGCUAACAAACUGAACUCCAUCCGCAGCAACACUAACAACAAGCCCGAGGUGCACUUCGUCAAGUACCGCACCCCUGAGGAUGCUGCCAACGCUCAGCGUGCCAUCCAAUCCCAGUACGAUCAGCUGGGCGGUUCCAGCCAAGCCCACAACGGUGGUGUUGCCCCCGUCCUGAACUUUGCUUCCCAGGGUCCAGUGCGUCAGGCCAGCGCUAAGUCGCCCGACAAUGCUUACUUGCCCACCUCGAUCUUCCGUCGUGUCUAAAUUUCCAGUUAGAUUUAGAUCACAUGAUUGAUAUUGACACCGAUCUUUGACUGAUUACCUAGUUAUUGUUGAAUAAUGCUUAAUAAAUUCGCGAUUUUACAUGUUACCUCAAACGUAUGUGUUUUAUCUAGGAUGGUUCACUAAUUUCAUAAUGUUAACCAAGGGUGCGA